AUUUUGUCCAUUCUACUUCUAACCAUACAUGUGGAUGAACUGAAAGAGCCUACCCCACUGCAAUAUGGGAUUGUUCUGGAUGCAGGUUCCUCAGACACGGCCAUAUACAUCUACAGAUGGCCAGCAGGCAAACUGAACGGAACAGGGGGGGUCACACAGCACAGCGAGUGUCAUGUCAGAGGUCAGGAAUAUUAAGGAAAUAAACAUGUUUUUGUGGUUAUGUUCUCUCAAACAUUGCUCUCUGAACAACACAAAGUUUAGAGAAUUUUCCCAUACAGAAGAUUAAAAACGAUUCUGAAAGCAGCUCGGAUUCUUAGGAAAGUAGGGCAAAAAGUCCAAUUUCCCUUCAGCUUUUGUGGAGCAUUUAUUUUGAGUGGACAGGAUGAAGGGGCCUUUGGUUGGAUCACUGUCAACUACCUCCUUGAAAACGUCAUAAAGUUCGGCUAUGUGGGCCGAUAAUUCAACUCAGGCGAAGAAACAGUAGGAGCGCUGGGUUUAGGUGGGGCAAACACCCAGAUCACAUUUGAGACACAAGAGAUGAUUGAAGAUGAACGUAACCAAAUGAGCACAUACGUAGUUCAUUAUGGUAAAGAAGAAGCCCUGCACAGGAUUCUGGCCCACUUUGUGAAAUCACAGGACAAUUCAAGCAUUGUGUACCACCCCUUCUACCCAGCUGACUUCACUGAAAGCUUUCAGCUGGAGAGAGUGUUCGACGCACCUUGCAAAGUGUCACUGAGACAAGAACCUUACAACCCUCAUGCCUGGAUAAGAGUACAAGGCACUGGGGAUUACAAAGUGAAACCAAAAUAUUUGGUUGAUAAAUAUAAGGGUGAAACCAAAUAUUUUACUUCUUUUAACCUUUGUCCCUUUUCCAAGUGUUCUUUUAAUAGAGUUUUCCAGCCCAACAUUAGUGGAGGCUUCAUGGCAUUUUCUGCCUAUUUCUUUACUCACAAUUUUCUCCAAAGGAGUAUAGGGAUAAAAAGCAUCACCUCUGCUCAGUACCAAGAGGUUGUCCACGCUGUAUAUAUGUACUAUGACCACAGAGGAGCUAUAACUGGAUUGAAUUUUAUAAAACAUGUCCCUCACAUUGAAAAGUGA